AGUACCUAACUCCAGUACAAACGAGAUACAUACCUUGCGGAAGCAAAAUGAUUCUGUUGACAUAAAGACAUAUUGAGUUCCCGGAAAGGGAAAAUAUAUGUUUAAUAGAUCGGAGUUACAGUGGUCGACUUAAAUGGGCGGAACGAUUUGCAGUUAGAGAUCUGAAUUGAAAAUGGAUACAGGUCAGGAGUUCGAACCGCUGCAACUUAAAUCAAUCCAGUGCAUUCCACCCGCCCCAAAUUCCACUAUAACAGCCAUAGAUUGGAUCCCUGAUUUUGUGGGCUUCGGAUGGGUGGCAUACGGAGCAGGCCCAUUUGUGGUGAUCACCACCACUCAACUGCCAGAAGGAGAAGAGGAGCCAAUUGGUCCCUUUUUUCAGCAAAUUCUACAGCCCUUACAAUACGAGAAGGAUAGAAUGAAUGAUAAUGAUGAUGAUGAUGAAGAAUAUGAUGAGGACGAGGACGAAAUCAGGGCAGUUGCUUGGGCACCUGUUAUUCCUUCUAAUGGGCUGCUUGCAGUAGGUGCUGGGGAAUUCGUCUAUGUUUAUGAACCGCGCAGUUUAGUUGUAGGCAAUGCAAAUUCUGUUCCAGAACUGCCUUUGGCUUGGAGACAAGAUAAAGCAUUAUCACAUUCUUCCAGAGUUAAUGUAGUUGUGUGGACAGAAUCUGGAGACGGAUUACUUGCAGCAGGAUUGGAUGUAAUCAUGUGGGCUAGGGGGGACAGUGGUUGGGUUCCACUAUGGAAGUCAAACCUAAAGCAGCCUCAUUUUCUUGCAUCUGCAACAUGGUCUUCUGUGGGAUUUACUGCAACAGCAGCUGAUGGUUCAACAUGUGCAAGAUGCCCAUGGUCUAUGACACAGACACCUGCUUCAUUUAGGGGCACUUCAAAGGGGCAGGUGAUUGUUUGGCAUUGGAAUGAAGUUUCCAGUCUACAAGAAAUUGAGCUUUCUCAUCCACAACCUGUUUCAAUGAUACAAUGGAGGCCAUCAAACUUUGCUUGUUUCCAAAGAGAAGUAUUGCUAACUUGCUGCUUGGAUGGAGCUGUAAGGUUAUGGAUGGAGAUUGAUAAUGGGAGGGCAAAACUUGACAAAAGACAUAUGAGGGAAAUGUCUGAUAAACACACAAGGGCAACCUUUUUUGUGAGUGCAAUCAUAGAAGUGAAUCAGUGUUUGAAUGGGAUUCUUGGAACAGACAUCUCAGUCAUGUGGACACGUGAGACAGGAGGCGCUAGUAUACAAAGUAGAGACAGAUUUGAGGUAAGCAGUUUUGAUGAGGUCUCCAAAGGCAGUAAUGUUGGUAGCUGCGAAUGGUUGCUUGGAAUUGGUCCAAAUGCCUCUCUUGCUUGGUGGUCAUUGCAUUGUCUAGACGAUAUAUCUCCUCCCAGAUACCCACGUGUAUCUUUGUGGAAGAAAGGAACUGAUCUGCUUCCCCAAAGAUUGAAGCUUCCAUUAGUUGGGAGCUAUUUAAAUUCAAAUGCUUGUUCUGUGCUUCUCAAAGCUUUCAUUCAGAGGAUUGGCAGGAAGUCAUCAGCUCCACCAUCUUCAGUAGACCUAUUUGAGCUGCUACCACAAAAUAUCUUCAGCUGGUCACGUGUCGAGGCCUCAAUGUCAAUUUCUAGUCUUGGCAGUUCUCUUGAAGAAAAUAUAAACUCUAAUGAAGAAAGCCUAAGGAAUCCACACGUCUCAAGUGAAAUCCUAAACCAAGGUGGUCACUCGGGAACUAUUUUACAGGUGGAACUGCAUCCUGUUAUUGAAGCUGAACUUGCUGCCUCAUUGGAUUCUAAUGGGAUUGUGCUUAUUUGGUCUUUAAACUCACUUGUGGAGCCUCAAAUUGAGAUUCCAACAUUUAUACAUCCUGCAUGGAAACUAUCUUAUCGACUGCCACGUUGUGAAAUCUCUGAACAAAUCAAAUAUCGUUUUCUUACAUGGGCACCCCUGUUUUUGAAAGAGAGUCAAUCUCUUCUCUUUGUUGGACAUUCACAAGGAUUUGAUUGUAUUUUCAUUCAAAAGGAGAGUAUUAUUAGAAAAACAACCACUCAGCAUGAAAUGGCCUGUGCUAUUCAAUUCCCUGAAUCUUCUUCACAGCAACUGAAAUCCAUCUAUGCAACAUUAUUAUCAGCUACCUCGACUAAAGACUUCAUUAAAUACAAUGUUCUGGUUUUAGGAUUAGGGAAGAGAGGCCAGAUAGUGCAAUCAUGGAAAAUUUUGCUUCAUGUUCAGCAUGAGGGUGAGAUUCCUUUAGAGCAGUUAUCUGAAUAUUUCUUGAAAAAGGGAAUUGCUCUAGAUAGAAAUUGUACCAAUGAAUUCAACCUGGCAAAGAAGGGUUAUUAUAUUUCAGUGGAACCAUGUUUACCUAAGUUUGUGAAUUCCAUUGCUUUGGUCCAGGUCACAAGUAUUGCUGUCACACCUACAGGCAAUCACUUUUCCUUCUGUCAACAAUCAGUUGAUGAUCUAUAUGGUGCCGGCUAUAAUAUUCCUGCCUACAACUUUGCCACAUGCCAUUCUGACGGUGUUCUAAAGCUUUGGAAAGUAAGUGUUCCCCAAGAGUCUCUGGUCCCAAAUUGUCAGACAGUAGAGAUUUCAUGGAACUGUGUGGGCCUUAUUAAAAUUCCCAAGGGUACAGGAAGAUUAAUUGCAUUGGCUAAUAGUGGCUGUAAGAUCGCAACUGCAAGUUCUAUUGCUUCAGAAGAUACCACAACUAUAAAUAUUUGGGAUGCUGAAAGUUAUUUGGGAGAUUGUAAUUUCGUACUGGAGGACAUAAUACAUUUUCCAGGUUGUGUCACUGCCUUGGAUUGGCUUGCUAUAGGCAAUGGCCAAUUUCUGCUUGGUGUUGCUAUGCAAAAUGAGGUGAGGGUUUAUUCACAAAGGAGGCAUGUUAGUGACACAUCUACAACACAAGGAGAUACAGCAAAUUUACAUAUUUGGUUUUGCAUUGCAUCAAUUUGUACCACAUCCUAUAUAAGGGCUCUUUCUUGGGGACCAAAAGCAACGCUGCUUCUUGUUUCAUCUGAGCUUGUUUAUAUUGUUAGUCAAUGGGCAUAUACUGCAGACAGGAAAGUACAAGAAUUCAAAGGACAGAAUUCUGCUCUUGUCAAUUUGUGUAGUCUUCACUCUCAGAGCUGGAAUUCACUAAAGGAUAACAAUGAAGCAUCAUUAACAUUGUCAACUAAUGGGAAUGGGAACAAAUGCUUAAGCAUGGCCUUGGGUGAUGUUAUUGAACAUUACCUUCAACAUGUACAAGGCUCCAUUUUCAGCCUCUUAGAAAUAGCUGAUGAAAUAGGUGGGCCAUUACCAGUUUAUCACCCAAGUGCAGUGCUUCACUGUCUGUUAAUAGGAAACAGAAAACGUGCAGUUGCCUCUAUGAGACAUCUCAUGGCAUAUGUUGGUGCAGAAAUCUCUCAUAAAGAAAGUAAUGAGCCUCAGAAACCAUUUCUUUGUAUACCCCAAGUAGAUUUGUCUAAGUUUUUGCAAGUGGGAUUAGCAGAAAGAAACCAUGGUAGAGAACUGCAGUGGGGUGUUGGGACAGGUUCUGCAAUUUCGACGACUAAUGCAUGGACUCAAACUGGUGCAUCACAUGCAAACACAGGCAGUUGGUUUAUGGGGGAGCAAAAAUCUAUUGGCAAGGAUUGUGAUGACUUAUUUAGUAAAAUUGAAGUUGAGAGCUUCAUUACAGCUCUUGAGAAAUGCCCUAAAAUACAUGGUGUAACAGAUGGUGAAAGGAUUCAACUUUUUGCGUUAUUAGAUCUUUUGGCAGAAAUUAGCAGUUCUCAUGAAGCUGCACAGUAUGAGAAUCUUGAUGAGCCAGCUCAAAGGUUCUGGAUGUUGGUGCAUUUUAGACGAUUGUAUUUUAUGCGGAAAAUGGGAAGACCUGCAACUGUUGAGGAACUGACAGUAGAGUCAAGGACACAAGCAUGGGCUUGUCAAUCAGAUUGUCAGGAUGUUUUGCUUGAUUUAUGCCUUUCGGAUGAAUUAUCCUGGCCUGCAUUGCGAAGUUUAGGAGUGGGGUUUUGGUUUACAAAUGUGACUUCACUUCGAUCAAGGAUGGAGAAACUUGCUCGGGCACAGUAUCUCAAAAGAAAAGAUCCAAAGGAUUGUGCACUGUUAUAUAUGGCUCUGAAUCGACGGAAUGUUUUAUUGGGACUUUUCAAGUUGAGCAGAGAUGAAAAGGAUAAGCCUUUGGUUGGAUUUUUGGCACGUAAUUUUGAGGAAGAGAAAAAUAAAGCUGCUGCUUUGAAGAAUGCCUAUGUCUUGAAGGGAAGGCACCAAUUUGAGCUGGCAGUAACUUUUUUCUUGCUUGGUGAUGACCCUAGUUCUGCAGUUUCUGUUUGUGCAAAAAAUCUAGGGGAUGAACAACUUGCGUUAGUGAUUUCCUGUCUUGUUGAGGGUUCAAAUGGACCACUGGCAAUGGACCUUAUAUCAAACCAUAUUCUUCCGAUUGCAGAAGGAAGGAAAGAUUAUUGGCUUGCAAGCAUGUUGCAGUGGUUACUUGGAAAUCCUAUGAAAUCUCUCCUGCAGUUGAUUCAACCAUCCGCAGCAUUCAUGAGCAGAGAACAAAGCAUGCAGGUGGACAACUUAUUGGCAGGCUCAGCUAAUAGUGCUGACACAGCAUGCUUUGACUCUAACAUUGGCCAGUACUGUGCAACGCUAGCUAUGAAGAAUAGUGUAAAGGGAAGUAUAGGGGAGAGUAAUGCCACCUCCUUAGCAAGGUGGGCUAUUAUGAAGACUUCAAGUGCCUUGAAAAGGUCCGGAUUUCCAGUUGAAGCCCUGGAGUGUCUUUCUGCUUCCACCAAUUUUCUUUUGAAGGAAUCUUUCAAAGAACUUUCUGUCAUAGAAAACCAUGAAGAUCCUUUAGGAAAGUAUGAACCCAAUAAAAAAGAAGAGAUACAAAUUAACUGGAUAUCGAGAAGCUUAGCAGGAAAGAUGGAAAGCACAUACAAGCUAAACUUGGCAGUGCAGUAUAUGUCAAAGCUUGUAAUUGCAUAUCCACAGUGGGGAUUCAUGGAUCCAUUUUCCUGUAAACUAAUGCUUGAUAUAGGUACUGAAAACAAGGAGGAAUCUCAGUAUCUUCUGCUAGUGAAGGAAUUGGAUCAGAAGUUGAGUACAAGUCUUUCUGUUAUUGAGCAGAGGUACUUUAUACAAAUUACUGAUGUUAUUCAGGAGCUUGCAAAUUUUUGUUACCAUCAUGGACGACACUUUUUCUGGUGUCGUCUAUUGCAUGCCUCUGUAUAUCCACGGUUUCCAAAUGCAUUCCAGAUCUCAAAAAGCUUUACCAUGUUUCCCUUUGAAACUGAACUGCUUCAGAAAGCUACAAGACAAACCUUUAAUGUUCUUACUAGUGUUGUUCAGGCUUGUGGUUAUAAUAUGUCUUCAUUGAAAGAAGUCAUCAUUAAUAUUAAUGUAUUAGGAGACAGUGAAUCUGAUUUUCAUCACUGGUUUUUGAAUCUUAGAGAGCUUCUGUAUAUUUCUUAUGACAUAAAACUCCUUACACAUUUUGUGAUCAAUGAAGGAUUGCAUUCUGAAGAGCAACAUAAAAUUUUCAAGAUAAUUGAUCUGUUGACCCUGGUCAUUUGUGUUGCUCUUGCCUGGUUAAGAAGGGAUGCAAGAGCACUACUUGCAUUGAUUAAAACCACAAUGUUGCAUGAUAAAGAUAAUUCUUCAGAAAAAUAUAAGAUGGAAGAGAGGCAUCAGCAGCUGUAUUCACUUGCAGAUCAUGCGCAGCAGUAUCCAAUGUUAAAUAGUGUGGCUAAAGCCUUAAACAGCAAUCAACAACAAGAAAAUAGUAAACAUGAAAAGUCCAAUUUGCGGCUAAUCAGAAAUCAUAGUAGGUGGCAGCUUGUGGGAGUUUGUCUAUGGGGCCGUCUUAUGUCUUCGAUCAAUGAACAGUUACAUGAAGUGUCCAGUAGAGACGGUUCUUAUUCAGGUUCAGUUAUUAAAAGAUUAUUAUUGAGUACCUUGGAAUCAAUUUCUGCUGGCUUAAUAAGACAGUUUGCAUGGUAUUUGAGGCAAACUUUACACACAAUGCCUUCAAAUCCUAUUUUGUUGUGGCUCUCAAAUAUGGAUACUUUUGUGAAGAUGGAAGCUCAAAACAGAGCUUUAGACACCCUUGAUGAUCAUGGAGCUUUGGAAUUUGAAAAUGACAACAUUAAUUUUUCACAACGAGGAAUUGAUGAUCUAGUGACGCCUGAAAACAUUAGUGAUGUAAGUUUAAAAGAAGUUUCAGAAAUCUUAGUAAUUCAGAAGGAUCUUUUCUUUCUUCUUAAAUCAAAAGGGUUUACAGAAUUUGAAUGUAGAAACAAGGAAGGUGUUAGCCAUUGGUCUCGCCUUGCAAAAGAGUUUUAUGUUGAGGAUAGUGUUGAGACUAGUAUGGCAGAUAUUCAAAGAGCUGUAGGAUUUAAUACAGCAAAUGGUUUAAGAAGAAUGCCAGUUGGAUCCACAGCGAAGAGUUUGACAUCUCAUGAUCAAAUUGUUCUGGGUACAGAACAGAAAAUGGCAUUUAGAAAAGAGAAAAUGAGCAAAUCCUUUCAGAAGCCAAAAGAAGUAUUACGAAGAAAUGGAGAGUUGCUCGAGGCAAUUUGUGUGAAUUCUUGCAAUCCAGAACAAGUGGUGGUUGCAAGCAAUCGCAAGGGACUUAUCUAUCUUAACUUGACUACUGUGGAACCUUACUUUGACUCACUUGAAUAUGUAUGGUCAAGUGCUGAGUGGCCAAGGAAUGGGUGGGCUGGAUCAGAAUCUACUCCAGUGCCUACAUUUGUAUCACCUGGGUUGGGGCUUGGAAGCAAAGAAGGUUCAAGCCUCGGUUUGGGUGGAGCUACAGUUGGAUUAGGUUCAUUACCAAGGUCAGGGAAAGAUUUAAAUGGAGUAACUUUUGGUAUUCCCGGCUAUGCUGGAAUUGGAGCAAUGGGUCUAGGUUGGGGUGAAUGGGAAGACUUUGAGGGAUUCAUUGAUCCUCCUGCUACUGCUGAGAAUGUAAGCACCAGGGCACUGGCUAGUCAUCCCUUAAGGCCUCUCUUUCUUGUCGGAUCCAGCAACACCCAUGUUUAUCUCUGGGAGUUUGGGAAGGCUACUGCGAUUGCAACUUAUGGAGUUCUUCCAGCUGCAAAUAUUCCCCCUCCUUAUCCUCUCGCAUCAGUAUCAGCUUUGCAAUUUGAUUGUUAUGGACAGAGGUUUACUACUGCUGCAAUGGAUGGCACAGUUUGUGCAUGGCAACUUGAGGUGGGAGGGAGAAGUAAUGUUCGACCUACAGAAUCAUCUCUUUUAUUUCAUCAGAAUGCAUCAGAUGUAGUUUUUGUUGGAGCAAGUGGAUCUAUUCUUGCUGCAACAGGCCUCAGUUCAAAUGGUCACAAUAUGGUCAUAUGGGACACACUAGCUCCUCCAGCAACUUCUCGUGUUUCUCUUGUAUGCCAUGAAGGUGGUGCUCGUUCUCUUGCUGUGUUUGAUCAUGAUGUCGGAAGUGGAUCUGUAUCACCCUUGAUUGUUACAGGGGGUAAAGAGGGUGAUAUUGCGGUGCAUGACUUUCGUUUCAUCACAACAGGAAAAACUAAACGGAAAAAGCAUAUUAAAGAAGAAAACAUGUUUCCAUCUUCCCGUCUCAAAGAUGUACAUUACACAAAAGAAGCAUUUGGCCCACCCAGAAAGCUUGGUGAACAUAAUUCUAAUGGGAUGAUUUGGUACUUACCAAAGGCACACCUAGGAAGCAUAUCAAGAAUAUCAGCCAUUCCUGGUACAAGCUUAUUUUUGACUGGGAGUAAAGAUGGAGAUGUUAAGCUUUGGGAUGUGAAAUCAUUUGAACUCUUGUGUCACUGGCCCAAAGUUCAUGACAAGCACACUUUUCUUCAACCAAAUUCAAGAGGAUUUGGUGGAGUUGUCAGGGCCGCUGUGACAGAUAUCCAACUCUUUACAAACGGUUUUCUUACUUGCGGUGGAGAUGGUGUGGUAAAGAUAUUCCAGCAUGCAAAUGAAUUAUCUUAUAAACAAGCAUAGCCAUUCCAGUCACAGGCAGUUGGUAGAAGUCUGUAUAAUUACCUUGAGAGCUUAAAUGCAAGUCAUUGAGAAGAAUAUCUUCAUGAAGAUCGGCUCCAAUAAUCCUUAAUGAGAUAAUAUAAGUUAGCUCAAUAUAAGGUUUACUUUAUUUCAAAUUUUAUUGCUUGAAUCCAAGCUGAUGGAAAGGAGCUGCGAUCGAGCUAGUGUAUGGUCAAAUGCCUUCUCAUUACAGGUUUUGAGUGUCGUAUUCGGCAUUUUCUACUGGCUCAUGCUUAAGCUCUUCUGCUUAAAAGAUAGGUUUUAUUUCGAUUAUAGAGCACAAUUAGGCAUGUUAUCUCUUCUAUGGCUUGAGUAGGAAGAUACAGCUUUCUGGUGCCCCAUUCUUGAUGUACAUUAUAUUCCUUAUGUAAUCUAUCAGCAUUUUUGUUUAAAAAUUUGAAAAAAAGAGAUAACAAAAAUUAUUCAAUGUGCUACCUGUAAGUAUGGACUUCAGUCGCAAUUUUAAUGAAAACGGGAAGAGGAUAAGGAUUGUUAUAAACAUU